AUGUCGGCGGAUGAGGAGGCGCGAUUUCUCAUUAUGCGCAAAAGGAUGGUAAGAAUACAGAUCGAGCGCCGUGGAAUCAAGGAGCGGCGCGUGCGGGAUGCAAUGCUGGGGGUGCCGCGCCACCUGUUUGUACCCGCGCAUCUCAAAGAGCGGGCGUACGACGACGGCGCGCUGCCUAUUGGCGAAGACCAGACGAUAUCGCAGCCGUAUAUUGUGGCGAAAAUGACUGAAUUGCUGGCCCUGAAAGGCGACGAGAGGGUGCUCGAGGUUGGAACCGGCUCGGGUUAUCAGGCGGCCGUUCUGGCAAGGCUCGUGCGUGAGGUGUAUACCAUUGAAAUCGUGCCGUCGCUCGCUCUGCAGGCCGAAGAACGACUCAAACGAAUGGGAUACGACAACAUCAGAGUACGCCUCGGAGACGGGUACCGGGGUUGGAAGGAACAUGCCCCUUUCGACGCAGUCAUCGUGACAGCGGCGCCCGACCAUAUUCCGACGAAGCUUGUCGAACAGCUUCGGGAAGGCGGGCGCAUGGUGAUACCUGUCGGCAACGUCAAUCAAUACCUGACGCUGCUUGUUAAGGAAAAGGAUGGCGUGAGGGAAGAACAGGUCAUCCCCGUCCGGUUUGUACCGAUGACGGGAGAGGCACAGGCGCAGGAAUGA